CUGCCCUUGGGUGACAUGGACAGGUGUAAAGAAAACUGUGUUUCCAGACCUGUUAAGACUACAGGUCCCUUCGGUCCAAAACGAGUCUUGGUGACAGAGCAGAUUCCUUCUCAGAACCUAGAAUUGGCUAGCAGUGGCCAGGCCUUGUGUCAUUCCAACUCCUCCCACCGUGUCCCUUCACAAGCACAGAAAGUUGUCUCAGGUCAGAAGCCAGUGCCAAAGCAGUUGCCACCUACCAGCGUUCCUUGGCCCGAGCUCCAGCUUAGUAACCCUCAGAAGAGUGAACAGCCACCCCCUGACUCUGGAAGUAAUUCUGAAAGUGAUAGGGCAUCAAAGCAGAAAACUGAAAACUCAAAAAAAAAAAAAAAGCAGUGGACUCUGCAAGACUUUGACAUUGGCCACCCACUGGGUAAAGGAAAGUUUGGAAAUAUCUACUUGGCAAGGGAGAAGCAAAGCAAGUUCAUCCUGGCCCUGAAGGUGCUGUUUAAGACACAGCUAGAGAAGGCCGGUGUGGAACACCAGCUUCGGAGGGAAGUGGAGAUCCAGUCCCACCUGCAGCACCCCAACAUCCUCAGGCUGUAUGGAUAUUUCCAUGAUGCCACCAGAGUUUAUCUAAUUCUAGAAUACACACCCCUUGGGACAGUCUACAGAGAGCUCCAGAAACUCUCCAAGUUUGACGAGCAGAGGACGGCUACAUACAUCACGGAGUUGGCAAACGCUCUAUCUUACUGUCACUCAAAGAGAGUCAUCCACAGAGACAUUAAGCCAGAGAACCUGCUUCUUGGGCCAAAUAGAGAGCUGAAGAUCGCAGACUUUGGAUGGUCUGUGCACGAUCCAUCUUCCAGGAGAACCACACUAUGCGGCACCCUGGACUACCUGGCCCCCGAGAUGAUUGAAGGCCGGAUGCACGAUGAGAAGGUGGACCUCUGGAGCCUGGGUGUCUUCUGCUAUGAGUUCCUAGUUGGGAUGCCUCCUUUCGAGGCACACACCCACCAGGAGACCUACAGGAAGAUAUCACGGGUUGAAUUCACAUUCCCUGACUUUGUGACCGAGGGAGCCAGGGACCUCAUUUCAAGACUACUAAAGCACAACUCAAGUCAGAGGCUAACACUAGCAGAGGUUCUUGAGCACCCCUGGGUCACAGCUCACUCUUCAAAACCUUCGACUUGCCAAAAAAACAAAGAGUUAACAAGCAAAUCAUCUGCAGAAUGCAAUGAGCCAGAGGAAGCCAGACCACAGGGUGGAGGUGGCAGAGGACUCACUCAUCCAUACAUCCCUUUCUAG